AUAAAAUGAAGUCCACAGCACGAGACCGAUUAUCGUUACGUCUUAUUCUCAUCCUCUCGUAACCUCCAUCGAUCCACCAAGUACCAUGUCCGACACAGCUGCUGAGAAGACGCCCCCCGCCGAGGUCCCCAAGACGGAGGCCCCCAAGUCAACGGCUGAGGCUGAUUUCACGAAAUACAAGACCGCGGCGGAUAUCGUGAACAAUGCGCUGAAAAAGCUGGUCGAGCUCACGAAGGAGGGGGCGAAGGUUAUCGAUCUCUGCAUUGAAGGGGAUAAACUCCUCGAACAGGGCACGGGUGCAGUGUACAAUAAAUCGGUGAAGGGUGUAAAAGUCAGCAAGGGUAUCGCCUUCCCCACCUGCGUCUCCGUCAAUAACGCGGUAGCGCAUUAUUCUCCCCUGGAAUCGGACCCGAAUUCUGGGCAGACCCUCGCAAAAGACGACGUCGUGAAGAUUCACCUGGGCGCCCACAUCGAUGGAUUCGCAGCAAUCAGCGCGGAGACGGUGGUCGUGGGUGCUUCGGAGAAGGAGCCUGUUACUGGCAGGCGGGCGGAUGCGAUCAAGGCUGCGUGGACCGCUGCUGAGGUCGCUAUGCGCCUAGUCAAAGUGGGCAACAAAAACUGGGAUGUAACGCAGGCGGUUGAGAAGGUGACCGCUGCGUUUGGGUGCAAGCCUGUCGAAGGCAUGCUCUCUUGUCAACAGUCACAGAAUGUCAUUGACGGGAAGAAGCGUAUUAUCCUGAACCCCAGCGAAGCCCAGAAGAAGGACUUUGAGACUGCGACAUUUGCCGAGAAUGAAGUCUAUGGUAUUGACAUCCUCGUCUCCACUGGAGAGGAUGGCAAGGCUCGGACAGAGGAAUCACGGACGACUGUGUACCAGCGCGAGUCGACUGUUACUUACCAGCUGAAGAUGAAGACAUCAAGAGCGGUGUUCUCUGAUGUCCAAAAGAAGGCUGGUGCCUUCCCAUUCAACAUUCGCGUUUUGGAAGACGAGAAGCGGGCACGGUUAGGACUGCAAGAGGCUGUCCAACACAAUCUUGUGAAGCCAUACGAAGUUGUCUUCACGCCGCCUGGUACCGUUGUCGCCGCUUUCCACUUCACGAUCGCUCUCCUCCCUGCUGGGCCAGCCUUGGUCACUCAUCCACCCGUCUGGUACAAACCAGAGCUGGUGAAAUCGGACAAGGAACUAGAAGAUCCUGAAUUGAAAGAGCUGCUGACAAAGAAGUUGCGCGAGGAUAAGAAGGCGGCGAAGAAGGCUGCAAAGAAGGCUGGCGGCGACGCUGCUGCUGCUUAAAGGAAAUGGACAAAGAAGAAGUAAAUGUGCACUAUAGGUGUAUACUGUUUUGAAUAGUGUACUUCCUGCGCGUCCGGCUGCUGUUGUGCAACAGACUGUAUUGCUAGCUUGGCACCCGUUCCGCGUCUUCGCCAAACUGUCCGAUUGUCCGAACAACUAGCUCGACGUUCUCCAGGAACGCGUUUACCGUCAAUCUCGCUAAGCGAACCGUUAAUGUCGUGAAUGUUGCCACCAAGAUAUCGUCCUCCACGAUGAGCGAUCGCUUGACGGCAUGUGGCUGUAAUUCUCG